AUGGAAUACACAUUUCUUAUCCCGCUGGCAGUUGUUGCCAUAGCUGUUUAUCAGCUGCAAAACGUUGGCAGACGCCCCAAGGGGUAUCCUCCGGGCCCUCCUACACUGCCUUUGAUCGGUAAUCUUCACCAGAUCCCGGUAACAAAGCCGCAUAUACAGUUCAAGAAGUGGGCAGAGGAGUAUGGCCCCGUGUACUCCCUAAUUGUUGGCACCAAAGUCAUGAUUAUACUUUCAUCAGGUCGGGCGGUGAAGGACCUUUUGGACAAACGGAGCGCCAUUUACUCAUCACGCCCCGAUGUAUACCUCGGAAACGUAGCGAGUGGAAACCUUCGCGUUGUGAUCAUGAAAUAUGGUGAAACAUGGCGAAUGAUCCGAAAGAUAUUCCACCAGGCCUUGCAUAUCAGUGCGGCCAGGGCCUAUGUCCCGUACCAGGACCUCGAGAGCAAACAGAUGCUGACCGGGUUCCUGGACGAGCCACAACACUUUGCCGACCACAUCCGCCGUUACACCAACUCGCUCACGACACAGAUUGUGUUCGGAUUCCGCAUUGCGGGCAUUCACGAUGAGAAGCUGAAGAAGCUGUACCACUGUAUCGAUACAUGGAGUGAGGUCAUGGGGUCCUUCGCGGCGGCGCUCCUAGACGCGUACCCGGUGCUCAGAAACCUCGGCCCCCUGUCGCCUGGAAAACGGUAUGCUGAAAGGCUACAAAAGGACACGGAUACUCUUUAUGUCGGACAUUGGAUGGACGCGAAGAAGCGCGUUGUGGAGGGCACAUCAAAGGCGGACCAGCCAUGUUUCUGCAUAAGUAUUGCCGAGAACCAGAAGUCGCUCGGGUUCUCUGAUGAUUUGGCCGGGUAUAUCUCCGGAUCUGCUCUCGAAGCCGGCUCGGACACGACCGCAAGUACACUACACAGCUUCGUCCAGGCCAUGCUUCUGUACCCCUCCGUACAGAAGCAAGCCUGGGAAGAAUUGGAUCGUGUCUGUGGCACAGAAAGACUACCAAGCAUGGACGACUGGGACUCCAUGCCAUACAUACGGGCAUGCGUCAAGGAAACCCUGCGGUGGCUGCCAACCGGAAUCCUCGGACUGCCUCACGCUGUACUCAAGGAUGACGAUUAUAUGGGCUACAAUAUCCCCAAAGGGGCCGCCGUCAUGGUUAAUGUAUGGGCCAUCAACAUGGACGAGGACCGGUGGAAGGACCCCCGAGCCUUCGACCCGUCCCGCUACGCGGGCGAUGACCAGAACUCGUUCGAGUCGGCGUCAAACGCGGACCCGUCCAAGCGGGACCACUACGGGUUCGGUGCUGGUCGGCGUCUUUGCCAAGGCACGCAUGUCGCCGAGCGGUCCCUCUUUCUGGGCAUCGCGCGGCUGCUGUGGGCGUUCCGUUUCGAGCGGGCCAUCGACAGCCGCGGGGCAGAGAUCGUUCCGGGUGCGGACGACAUCACGAGCGGGGUUUUAGUACAGCCGCGGCCGUUCCUGUCGAAGAUCACGGCGAGAAGCGAAGCUCACGCGCGGAUCGUCCGCAAGGAGUGGGAGACGAGCCGGGAGCUUCUGGACGAAGACGACCAGUGGAAGGAGAUUCCGCGCGGAAUGGUGUUCGAGUCUCUGGUAUCGUCGAAUGGAAAGGACUGA